CCUAAACAUUACAGCCGGGUUGAAAACAUAAGACAUCGGUGGUUGUCGCCGCCAUCAAAACAUCGCUGCCCUUACCCGUGGCUGGUCCUCACGCCGCCAUCGACAAAAUCGCUCAUUGCCGAAAGCUCUUACUUCCUCCUCCUCUUCCCCGACCAGUGUUCUUCCAGACCUAUGACCGGAUUCCGUCGUCACCUUCUUUAGUUUCGAUAUUCACUGCUCUAAAACCUAAAAUUAAGUUCGCCCGGCUGGGUGCAGGUCGGGGUUUAGUUUCUUUCUGACAGCGGACAGGAGCCCUAGGUAUAAAUACUAACCGGAUUCUCUCUCUCUCUCUCUCUCUCUCUUAAAUAUCAGUGUGAUUGGUGGUGUAGCUGAGGAAGCAAUAGUUAUCGUCAAAGCAUGGCGAACCAGGGGCAGGGAGGGAACCUCAAGUCGAUCUCCAUAAAUGGAGUAAAGAUGUAUACUGUUACUUCCCAGCACCGGUCCUUGCCCACUUGGAUUUCCUCCAAGAAGCGGAGAGGCCUUCGCGGAGACAAAGGUUAUAUGCAAAGGGUGGAAUUAGUUCAGGAUUUGAGGUUUGAAACAGCAACAACCAGAAUCAAGGCAACUCCUGAUGGAGAGUAUCUUAUUGCAUCAGGUAUUUAUCCGCCACAAGUCAAAGUUUAUGAAUUGAGGGAACUAUCUUUAAAGUUUGAAAGGAACUUAGUGUCUGAGAUAAUUAACUUUCAGGUGUUGGCAGAUGAUUACUCAAAGAUUGCAUUUCUAUGUGCUGAUCGUUCUGUUUGUCUGCAUGCAAAAUAUGGGAGUCACUACAGUUUGCGGAUUCCAAGGAUGGGAAGGGAUAUUGCAUAUGAUUGCUGGUCAUGUGACUUGAUUUGUGCUGCCUCUUCGCCAGAUUUGUACAGGAUAAAUUUAGAACAGGGACGUUUUCUCUCCUCACUGAACACGCAGUCCUCUGCACUGAAUGUAGUGACUCGAAGCAAACUGCAUGGCUUAGUUGCUUGUGGCGGUGAUGAUGGUGCUGUGGAAUGCUUUGACAUGAGAGUGAGAUCUUCAGUUGGUCGGAUAAAUGCUGUUGCACCUGCUGGUGAUAUUGACCAGGAAGUUACAGCUAUCGAGUUUGAUGGAGAUGAAGGUUACCUUAUGGCUGUUGGAAGUAGUGCUGGAAAGGUACUGAUUUAUGACUUGCGGUCUUCAUAUCCAGUGCGUGUGAAGGAUCAUAUGUAUGGCAGCCCAAUUUUAAACAUCAAAUGGCAUCAAACUCUUAACUCCAACCAACGAAAGCUAAUCACUACUGAUAAUCAUAUUGUCAGGAUUUGGGACCCUGAGACGGGAGAAGGCAUGACCAGCAUCGAGCCAACAGCUGGAACGAUAAAUGAUAUUUGUAUCUUUGAUGGAACCGGCUUGGCAUUAUUGGCACUGGACUGCAGCCAGAUACCUUCUUACUUCAUACCUGCCCUUGGACCUGCUCCAAAGUGGUGCUCUUACCUGGAAAAUUUGACGGAAGAGAUGGAGGAGGAUGCACAAACAACUAUAUAUGAUGAUUUCAAAUUUUUAACGAAAGAAGAUCUUGAGAGGCUGGGCUUGACUAAUUUUAUUGGUACCAAUCUUCUAAGGGCCUACAUGCAUGGCUUCUUUGUUGAUUACAAAUUGUAUAAAAAGGCACAAGCAUUGGCAGAUCCAUUUGCCUAUGAUGCAUAUAUAGAAAGGCGGAAACAGGAGAAAAUGGAGGCUGAACGUGCUUCUCGAAUUACGGUUAAGAGAAAACUACCAAAGGUUAACCGCGUUCUUGCAGCUCGUCUUCUUGAAAAUGAAGAAGCUGAAAAUGAAAAGAUGGAUGAUGAUAAUGCUGAUGCUAAGAAAGCAUCAAAGAAGAAGAAAGGACUCAGCAGUGAGGUUAUGAAAGAUGAACGUUUUGCUGCUAUGUUUGAAAAUAAGGAUUUCGAAGUUGAUGAAUUCUCUCGAGAGUAUCUGGCGUUGCACCCAAUGGCUGCCAAUAAGCAGACUUCCUUGGUUGAGGAGCAUUUUGAGCCUGUCUUGGGAGAUCAGGACCAGAAUUCUAGCGAUGCUGAUGCAUCAGAAGUUUCCCAGUCAUCAGAAGAUGAUCACCCUGACAAAAGCACAUCUAGAAAGAAAUCGCAAUUUCCAAGAUUGUAUGAAGUUAAGGAUGAGCGACAUGCAGAAGCAUUUUUUAACCGUCUCUCACUUGCAAAGGAGGAUUCCCUCCCAUUGGGUGAGAGGGUGGCAGCUCUGGCUGACGGGCAACGGGCUUCACGUUCUCUGAAUGACGUCAAAAUGGGAGCAGGAGGAUCACGAGAGAUUACCUUCAUCUCUAGAAGCUCAGCGAAGUACCAAGAAGACAAAGAGGACAAGGAGGAACGACUCGAAAGGAGGGGAGUGCAAUCAUUAGGGAUGAACCAAGAUGGAUCAAGACUUGGAGGUCGGGGAAGAGGACGAAGUCAUGGAAGGGGCAGGGGCAGGGGCAGGAGCAGGGGCAGAGGAAGAGGAAGAGGAAGAGGAAGAGGCAGACGAUGAAGUAAUGAAGGAACUGAAAUCUAUAUUAAUAUCUACACGAGAUAUGACCUUUUGUUUUGAAGACAAGGAACGCCUCCUCCCAUUCAUAAGAGGGCUUAGUUGGGAUAUUGCCUGGUAUGUGCAAUAUUUAACUUUUAAGUCAGGAGUUUUACGGCCUUCAGUCCAAGAAUACAAGAGGUAUUGGAGGCUGCUUCAACUCUUCCCCUUCUCAGUAAUAUGCCGCGAAGGCAAUUUUUGUCUUAGUGAGAUCUUAGCAUAUAGGCCGCCCUUUUGAGAUUCUUGAGAAACAAGUCCAAUAGUGGACUAAAAUUUUGUGAGAUUUGAUUACACUGACCCAGAAUAUAAAUCAAUUAUAUGUAGUGUGGAUUUAACUUA